AGGAUUCCCUGAAUCAGGAGGGUAUAGUCAGAGAUGUUAUAUCGACUUCGCAGCUAGAUUAGAAUGGUUUAACCAUGGUCUCUUGACUGACUCUCACACCUAUUUUGGUUUGUUGUCAGUUUGUCCACAAGAGGGCGACGCACUACUAGAGACCUUUGGUAGGAUGUGUCAUGGGAUGAGCUGAGCUGCUCAAAACGAAAGGAAACUGUAGCGCUCUGCCAUCGGGCUUCAUUAUUUUCCAGUCGGCUGGCUGCGCCUGGAGUGUCUGAAAAUGGACUCAUCAAAAGUGGUAGCUGCCUCUGAGAAGGAACAGAAGCCCGCAGGGAAGGAGAGUGAAGAGACGCCCAGCGAACCGUCCAUCACCUCUUAUGGAAUGUUGACCCCGUCUGGAGAGAAGUGUCGUAGUCUGGAGACUGUGAUCUCUAGGCUGGAGAUGCUGAAUUUGGGAAAGAAAACAUUGGAUAUUCCAGCUCUGCUGCUGACCUCUCUGGAGGAGAUGAACCCAGAUGAGUUGAGGAGAUUCCAGUCUUACCUGUCUAGUGGCUGGAUGUUAGGCUUUCCUCCCAUCCCAGAGAGUCAGCUGGAGAACACUGACAGACAGGACACAGUGGAUCAGAUGGUGAAGAGUUACGGCCCUGAGAGAGCUGUGAGGAACACGGGGAGGAUCCUGAGGAAGAUGGACCGAGAUGAUCUGGCAGAGAAGUUACAGAGAGAUCACACUAGAGUUCUACUGCUGACCAGUCUGCAAGAGCUCACUGAAGGUCAGCUGAAGAAAUUUCAGUCUAGUGGCAGGAGAUUUGGCUUUCCUCUCAUCCCAGAGAGUCAGCUGGAGAACACUGACAGACGGAACACAAUGGAUCAGAUGGUGAAGAGUUACGGCCUUGAGGGAGCUGUGAGCAACACACUGUGGAUCCUGAGGAGGAUUAAUCUGUAUGAUCUGGCAGAGAGGUUACAGAGAGAUCACAAAAGAGCAACAACAUGGAGGAGAGACUCAUCAGACAGUGAUAAAUGGAGAAGGAGGAAGGAGGGUCUAGUAAUGAGGAGACCCUCCAUGAUGGAUGUUCCAGCUCUGCUGCUGACCGGUCUGGAGGAGCUCACUGAAGAACAGCUGAAGACAUUUCAGUUUUACCUGACUAGUGUCCAGCUGCUUGGCUUUCCUCCCAUCCCAGAGAGACAGCUGGAGAACACUGACAGACAGGACACAGUGGAUCAGAUAGUGAAGAGAUACGACCCUGAGGGAGCUGUGAGGAUCACACUGAAGAUCCUGAAGGGAAUGAAUCUGGAUGAUCUGGCAGAGAAGUUAGAGAGAGAUUACAUUAGAGUUCUACUGCUGACCACUCUGCAAGAGCUCACUGAAGAUCAGCUGAAGAAAUUUCAGUCUAGUGGCAGGAUGUUAGGCUUUCCUCCCAUUCCAGAGAGACAGCUGGAGAACACUGACAGACAGGACACAGUGUAUCAGAUGGUGAAGAGUUACGGCCCUGAGAGAGCUGUGAGAAACACAAUCUGGAUCCUGAGGUGGAUGAAGCGACAUGAUGUAGCACAGAAGUUAGAGAGAGAUCACACUAGAGCAACAACAUGGUGGAGAGACUCAUCAGACAGUGAUAAAUGGAGAAUGAGGAAGGAGGGUCUAGUAAUGAGGAGACCCUCCAUGUUGGAUGUUCCAGCUCUGCUGCUGACCGGUCUGGAGGAGCUCACUGAAGAACAGCUGAAGAUAUUUCAGUUUGACCUGUCUAGUGACCAGCUGCCUGGCUUUCCUCCCAUCCCAGAGAGCCAGCUGGAGAACACUGACAGACAGAACACAGUGGAUCAGAUGGUGAAGAGAUACGGCCCAGAGGGAGCUGUGAGGAACACACUGAAGAUCCUGAGGAGGAUGAAUCUGGAUGAUCUGGCAGAGAAGUUAGAGAGAGAUCACACUAGAGGAGAACCCUCCGGCCCUGAGGAAGCUGUGGAGAUCACACCGGAGAUCCUGAAGAAGAUGAACUGGGAUGAUCUGUCAAAGAAGAUAGAGAGAGAGAGGUUUCCUGAGGACUUUGAACCAGAGGACUAUGAUCAGGAGGACAAUGGAACAUACCGGUUCCAGUGCCCCAGUGCAGGUCUGUUCCAGUGCAGUAUAACAGGCCUGGUGUUUAAGAUGGAGGGAGAAGGAGAGGUUCUCUAUAGGACAGUCCCCUGGGCAGGAGGCUUCUAGCCCAGAGUGUCAAGAGGCCUGCAGGACCCCUGUUCAAGUUUAGAUGCCUUAAGGGGUCUGUCUGUCAACUACAUCUCCCCCACUGUGAGAUCUGCCCUGGUAACUACACCUCAAACAUACUGUGGAGGAUGUGACUUCCUGUCUGUAGCCCAUGUGACUGAUGACAUCAUUGAGUUUAUCCCUCCUCAUAAGAUAACAGAAACACACGUCAUAAUAAACAUCUAUGGAUUCUGUGAUUAUGGCCUCAUCAAGGAUAAGGAUGCUCCUGUCUUCCCUAUCAAAGCCCAGGUGUUGUUGUUCUACCAUCCAUCAGAUGACCCUGAACUGGAACCUGUACUGCAUGUGUUGUUGCUGCCGCGGAACGUUGUCCUAAUGAAGGUGCAAGAGGAGAGGGUGAGGAGGAAUGGCAUGAGAGAAACCUUCAUUGAAACAACCUCUGACUGUGAACUGACCCCUGAUCAGAUUUACAGCCUCUCCACUGAUGGGUAUCAUAAGGUGACACCUAAGAACAAAAAGUUUGAUAAUGAUAAAGACUACGAAAACUACACCACAACGUUUGCGGUAUUCUUACCUGCCAAAGUUAAAAAAGCUGAACUGACAUUGAAGAAGAAGAAGAAUAUAGCCUGGUCCAUAUUAGACCUACUGUCCAGUCUAUUUGUGAAUCAUGAAUAUCCGUGGAAGGGUUUCUACAGAUACCAAGCCCCUCUCCCUGCAGCCACUCCUGCCAAACCCCCUACUUUCCCAGGACAAGACUUCAUUACAAAACACAGGAUUGCUCUAGAAACUCGCCUGGGACACUUACAGCCCAUUCUCUUGCAUCUGGAGGAUCACAAGGUUCUGAAUGCUGAGGAGAGGGAGGAGGUGGUCAGUAAAUCCACCAAGACACUACAGAACCAAGCCCUGCUGGACAUGGUGGUGAGGAAAGGGGAUGAAGCCCAGGAGAAGUUCUACCAGGUCCUGAGAGAAGCAGACCACUUCCUGGUCAGAGACCUGGAGAAGAAGAAAGCCUGAGAGGUUACCAUGGAUACAACAACAUAUGGAGAUAUUUCACUAUACUACUAAUAAAUGACCUGAGACAGGUAGCCAUGGAUACCACCUCACAACCUCAGAAGAUAUCAAAACAUUCAUAAGAGACAGAGAGCAACUUUGAGGAGGAGCCAUCCUGACCAGAGGUGGUUGGUGUGUAACAUGAUUGGACACCAUUCUCACCAGCACUCCCAUCAGUCUGUAGUUUACUAUACAAGCCCCAGGACUCAGGCAAGGUGACAUCACUGUGAGGCUACUGUCUACCAGACAACCUACCUGUGUUACUCUGGUACACUGGCUAGACUACAAGAUCAGGGCUACUGUCUACCAGACAACCUACCUGUGUUACUCUGGUACACUGGCUACAGACUACAAGAUCAGGGCUACUGUCUACCAGACAACCUACCUGUGUAACUCUGGUACACUGGCUACAGACUACAAGAUCAGGGCUACUGUCUACCAGACAACCUACCUGUGUAACUCUGGUACACUGGCUACAGACUACAAGAUCAGGGCUACUGUCUACCAGACAACCUACCUGUGUUACUCUGGUACACUGGCUAGACUACAAGAUCAGGGCUACUGUCUACCAGACAACCUACCUGUGUUACUCUGGUACACUGGCUACAGACUACAAGAUCAGGGCUACUGUCUACCAGACAACCUACCUGUGUUACUCUGAUACACUGGCUACAGACUACAAGAUCAGGGCUACUGUCUACCAGACAACCUACCUGUGUUACUCUGGUACACUGGCUACAGACUACAAGAUCAGGGCUACUGUCUACCAGACAACCUACCUGUGUUACUCUGGUACACUGGCUAUAAACAACAAGAUGAUUGAAUUUCUAUCUGUAACAUGGUGAAUGUUGAAUCAUCUUGGACAGGUCUCAGACAACAACAUGUGAGACUUAACAUCUACCAGACAACUGACUCGUACUGGACAGCUGUACUGGCUGAACACCAGAUAUAUCUCUGUUUAGAUAUAGAGUAUAUGUUUAUACAGUAUAAUGGUAAUACUGUGUAUCAGCAGUAGGGGGAAGCAGCCCCACUGUCCGCCCCACCAGUUGUUUUUGUUGCCUAGCAACGGAGCGUCGCGUAGCAUGGUAAAAAUAGUUCAAGUGAAUAUUGUGCUCCUCUAUUGAGCAUAAAAGGACGUUCAAGGGGAAACAGUGUUGUUGUUUACAGCUUGUUUGUAAUAUCUCAAAUGGACGUGGCUGUUUAACUGUUUAACCAUUAAAGAUUCCAGCUUUAAUCAG